GAAUUGCCCGAGUGUUGGUGUGGUCGCCUGUGCUAUGGAGACCUGGGCAAGGUGUCUAGCAGGGGGAUCAACUAUCGGAUUCCAAGGACAAGCGAGAGAAGAGGAGCCGACAGCGAGAAGCGAGCAGGGGAGCUCUGCUGCUGCUCUCGGAGCCUGACUGGAUUCUUAUCUGCAAUUCUUUUUCUUCUUUUUUUCUUCUUAACAACAACAAAAGGGAGGAAAGGAAAAACAUUCACAAAAAAGGGCCUUUUCGAACCUUUUCUCUUUGGACGUGUGGAUUUACAAAAGGGCUCGUCGUGGUUAAGCUCGAUACGCGCUUUGACAGCAAUUACAUUAAAAAUAUAUAUAUAUAUUAAAAAAGGCUUUAUCUGCUGCUCUUGGGAUAUACAUACAUCUGGUGUGAACACCACAGCUCUUUCUGAUUGCAAACAGGAAGGAAACUAUAUGUCACAGUUCAAGGACCUGUAAUAAUAACUUGAGAAGAGCCAGCCCUCUCCGCCCCCCCUUCUCCUUCCACCCCUGAGCGCAGUCACAAAAAAAAAAAAAAAACGCUGCUUCUUUGAGUAUAGCUUAGCAAGCACCCAAGCUCCACAUUCUCCCCCAUAUCCCCCUUGACUUCUCUCUGGUCACUGGUAACGCCACAAUCAGUCAGCCGGCUACAUUCCCCAAUCCCUCCUCCACACCCCCCCCCCCCCCCCCCCUGCCCCCAGAUGAUGCUGAAUUAUGAACGUGCCACAUCAUGAGUCUCCUGGGGCGGGUAGCUGUGCAUCGUGCCAGGAAAGCCGCCCUGCUCUGUGUAGUCUUCCUGAUGGCGCAAGCGUGGAGCAGUACCUCCCUGGCCUCGGCGGGGGCGGCGGUGUCUCAGGGACCGCAGGGCUGUCCACCACAGUGUUCCUGUAGUAACCAGCAGGGGAAGGUGGUGUGCACGCGACGUGGCCUCAGCCGAGUGCCGCCCGGCAUCCCCGCCAACACGCGCCACCUCAAUCUGAUGGAAAACGCCAUCGAGGCGGUGCAGGCUGACUCCUUCCGCCACCUGCACCACCUCGAGGUGCUCCAGCUCGGGCGAAACGCCAUACGGCAGAUUGAAGUGGGCGCGUUCAAUGGACUCACCAGCCUCAACACGCUGGAGCUCUUUGACAACCGAUUGACGGUGGUGCCCAGUGGGGCCUUUGAGUACCUGUCCAAACUCAGAGAACUUUGGCUGAGGAACAAUCCCAUUGAAAGUAUCCCCUCCUACGCCUUCAACCGGGUGCCCUCCCUCAUGCGGUUGGACCUGGGAGAGUUGCGAAAACUGGAGUACAUCUCAGAAGGCGCUUUUGAGGGCCUGCAGAACUUAAAGUACCUCAACCUGGGCAUGUGCAACAUAAGGGGGGACAUGCCAAACCUAAGUCCCCUCAAGGGCCUGGAGGAGCUGGAGAUCUCCGAAAACCACUUCCCGGAUAUAAAGCCUGGCUCUUUCAAAGGCCUGCGCUCGCUGAAAAAGCUCUGGGUGAUGAACUCGCAGAUAACGGUGAUAGAGCGCAACGGUUUUGAUGACCUGUCUUCAUUGGUGGAGCUGAACCUGGCCCACAACAAUCUGAGCGCUGUGCCACACGAUCUGUUCUCCCCGCUCAAGUACCUGGUGGAGCUCCAUCUCCACCACAAUCCUUGGAACUGUGGCUGCGAGGCGGUAUGGUUAGCCCGCUGGCUAAGGGAGUCCAUCCCUACUAACUCGACCUGCUGCGGACGUUGCCACUCGCCCGUGAGCAUGAGAGGCCGACAGCUGGUUGAGGUGGACCGAGGUGAGGGCGCUGCGACCCAAUGCUCUGCACCGUUUAUUGCCGACGCGCCAAGGGACCUGAACAUCUCAGCGGGGAGAGUGGCUGAGCUACGUUGCCGCACGGCCCCGAUGUCUUCGGUGCGCUGGCUGCUACCCAACGGGACUGUCCUGACACAUGCCUCCAGCCACCCGAGAAUAUCGAUCCUGAAUGACGGCACCCUUAAUUUCUCAAAUGUCCUGGCUGUGGACAAGGGCACGUACACCUGCAUGGUGUCCAAUGCCGCCGGUAACUCCAACGCGUCGGCCUACCUCAAUGUGAGCGCGGCAGAGCUCAACACGUCCAACUUGAGUUACUUUACCACGGUGACCGUGGAAGUCUUGGGGCCAACCACUGAAAUGCCCAAACCUAGAACCACCUCGACCACGGCCGCCGCGGCGGGUGCUGGGGUAGCUGGAGGAGGAGGGAUAGGCCAAGGGGCAACAACUACGACUGCCUCCCCGUCAGUCUUUCAGCCGGUCUUCAUCUCCACGCCGACUGUGCUACUGCAAAGCACCAACAGCCCUGCGGGGGCAGCCAAGGCAUCGGUAGCGCCCGGACUUACGGCUGUCAGCGGCAAACCGGGGAGGUCCGGCCCAAGCCUGGAUGAAGUGAUGAAGACCACUAAGAUCAUCAUAGGUUGCUUCGUAGCAGUGACACUGAUGGCUGCGGUGAUGCUCAUUGCCUUCUAUAAACUGAGAAAGCGCCACCAACAGAGGAGCACUGUGGCCGCUGCUCGCACCGUGGAGAUUAUCCAGGUGGAUGAGGAAGACCUUCCUCCACCGGCGUCCGCAGCACAAGAGACGGCUCUCACGUUGCCUGAGAUCCGGGACCACAACAGCAUACACAAACUGGACUUCAUCAGCCACAAGACUGACUACAGCUUUCACAAACCCAAGGUCGAAUACAAACCCCAGCCGGAUUUCACCCUUCAUAAGCCCAAGGCUGAGUAUACCACAUACAAGCCAAAUAUGGACUUCAGCGGCCACAAAUACAUCCCGGAUUACAGCACUCACAAAUCGACACCAGACUUUAGCCUUCACAGACCAAAGCCUGACUACAGCCCAUUUAGACCGGACUACAGCACCCACAAACCGAAAGCAGAAUACAGCCAGUACAAACCAGACUUUGGCACUCACCCAAAAACAAAACCCGACUACAGCCCGUUCAAACCAGAUUAUGGCACUCAUCCAAGACAGAAAACCGACCUCAGCCCAUUCAAACGAGAUUACAGCACCCAACCAAAACCUAAACAUGACUACAGCCCCUUAAAGUCGGAGUACAACAUGCAACAUAACCCGAAAGCUGAAUACAGUCCAUUCAAGCCAGACUACGGCACCCACCCAAGAUCUAAACCCGAAUACAGCCCGUUCAAGCCCGACUACAGCACUCAGCCCAAGCCCAAAACAGACUACAACGCCCAGAGGUCUAAAACGGACAGUACCUACAACCCCAGAGACCCUUACUCCCCCCACGUGACUGCAACCGAAUACAACGCCUUCAAGACAGACUUCAGCCCGCACAAAGCGGAUUACAGCGCCUUCAGGUCCGACUUCAGUCCGCACACUCAGAGACCGAAGCUUGAUUACAGCCCUCACAAGGUGGACUACAGCCCCCACAAAAUGGACUACAGCACUCUAAAGCCUAAAUACAACACCUACAAACCACCUGGCCAAGGGGCUAGAUGGACGGACAACAAUGUCGGGAACUCUUUGCCUCGAACCUUGCCCAGCGCCAUCGCAGCGCUGGCUGAGCCCUUUGUCGUAAAGACUCACACCAAGGAGAAGGUGCAGGAGACUCAGAUUUAAAAAAAAGACCCCCCCCCUCACCCCUGAAUUUAAAAAAAACUGACUCCUCCUUCCUAGGUUCCUAGCUCCCACCUAACCCUUUUACCUCGCCCCCUUCGUCAUUUCCUCAUAAACUCAUGCAAUAGAAUGCACAACGAAAAAAAGGACAGGAACUACUUUUUUUGUACAGAGUGCAAACUUAAAAAGAUUGAUGAUUUCUUGUUGUACAUUGCUUAUAAAUAAAUAUAUAUAUGGACAAAUUGAAACUACCAUGGGCUGGUGAUAGAGAAAUAUAUUAAAAAGAAAUUGAAACUAUUUUCUAACUUGUAACUUCUAUUUAAAACUGAGUUGUUUAAGAUGCUGUCUUGACUUUGACAAAUGAGGGUAGUCUGGUUUUGAAAAGGGGGCAUUUUGUGUGAUUUUUACACCAUGCUAGAGAGAAUGCAGUGAUAAGGAAAAAAAAUAUUUAUACCGAAAAGACUUUCUUUAACAAAAACCGAAAAAAAAGGUCAGUGUCAAUUUUUACAGGUUUAUCUUGUAAAAGCACCAAGAAUUUGUACUGUGCCAAAUGUUAUAAAUGCAAUAAAAAGGAUUUUUGGAAGAAAAAAAAAUGAAGUUAUUAGAGAGAGAGAUGUUAUUUUCUUCAUUUCUUCUCCUGGUGUAUACUGUAACGAUCAUCCAAAUGCUUUAGACACUGCAGUAAGACGCUGCAGCUAUACCUUAACCCUACGAGUGCUGAAUGACUCAGGCAGAAUGAAUCACAAUGCAGAACUGGAUAGUGUUUCCUCUUUUUUUUUUUUUAAU